GUAAAUUUGUAAGGUUAGAAAACAGAAAUUGAAUUUUAACAUUAAAAAGUUAAAAGACAUAAAUACUAUUAAACUGGAUUCAGUAACAUAAGAAAACUGAAAACAAAAAAUUGCGAAGAUUAUUAAUUGAGAUUUAAAACAGCAUCCUUCAACAGAAUAUAAAGAGCACAAAUAACAAACCAUGUAUUCAAGACUGCGCAAUGGUUUUCGGCAAACAGUUAAACACCGACUGGCUUCGCAAAGAAGUUACAGUAAUGAGGUUUUGAGGAAAAAGGAAAAUUUAUCAAAAAAUCUUCAAGUUGGGAAGACUAUACAUGGAUUCCUUUGCACCGAAAUCGAAUCUAUACAAGAAUACAAUAUGACAGCUUAUUUUUUAACCCACGAGAGAACCAAAACGGAAUAUUUGCAUUUAGAGAGAGAUGACUCAAAUAAUGUAUUUUCUGUAGGUUUUCGCACAACUCCGUUAGAUUCAAUGGGCACUCCCCACAUUCUAGAACACACAGUUUUAUGCGGCUCAGAAAAAUAUCCAGUAAGAGAUCCAUUCUUCAAAAUGCUGAACAGAUCUUUGGCUACGUUCAUGAAUGCUCUAACAGGCCCAGAUUAUACAUUCUAUCCUUUUUCAUCGCAAAAUGAAAUUGACUAUCGUAAUCUACAGAAAGUUUAUUUGGAUGCAGUCUUCAGACCUAAUUUAACUAGACUAGAUUUUUUACAAGAAGGCUGGAGAUUAGAACAUUCAAAUUUGGAGGAUAAAAAUUCUGAUUUGAUUUUCAAAGGUGUAGUCUACAAUGAAAUGAAGGGAGCCUUUUCGGAGACAAGUUCGCUUUUUGGACAAAAAUUCAUUAAUACAAUUUUACCGAAAGGAACAUAUGGAUAUGUAUCAGGAGGUGACCCGUUAUGCAUUCCUCAGCUAACUCAUGAGCAUUUAAAAAACUUCCAUGCCACUUAUUAUCAUCCUAGCAAUUCAAGAAUGUAUUCGUAUGGCAGUUUUCCAUUAGAAGCCAACUUAAAGUUCAUUAAUGAAGCCUAUCUGAGUAAAUAUGAAUAUUUAGAUCCCAAGAACACUGUAGUUGCGAGUCAAGAACGUUGGAAGGAGCCAAGACGUGCAGAAAUGAACUGCAGAGUAGACCAGUAUGGUGGACCAGUAGAAAAACAGAAUCAAAUUGCCAUAGGAUAUGUUAUGUCGGACAUUACUAAUAUUUAUGAAACAUUCACAAUGCUAGCAUUAGCGGAACUUAUGAUAAUAGGACCGAAUUCAGCAUUUUACAAAAGCUUAAUUGAGAAAAACAUAUCGGGAGGCUAUAAUUCUUUGACUGGCUAUGAAAAUCAGAUAAGAGAUACCAUGUUUGUUGUUGGUCUCCGAGAUGUUGAAACGUCAAAGUUUGAGACCAUCGAGAAGAUUGCAAAUCAAACUUUAGAGGAAAUAUAUGAGAAGGGCUUUGAGAAAGCUCAUAUUGAGAGUGUUUUACAUGGCUUCGAGCUUUCUAUUAAGCACCAAUCACCAAAGUUUGGUUUAAAUCUGCUUUUUAACCUAAUGCCUCUCUGGAAUCACAAUGGGCCGAUAUUGAAUGCUUUGAAGGUCAACAAACUUUUGGGGAGACUGAAGGAGAAUCUAAUGACUCCAAACUACGUAAAGAAUAUAAUUGAAAAGUACUUUAUUCAGAAUAACCAUAAGUUAGUUAUGACUAUGCUACCAGACCCAAAAUUUGAUGAUGUCUUCAAUGAAGCAGAAUCUAAACUUCUGAAAUCAAAAGUUUCGUCCUUAAGUGCUAACGAUAAAGAAGCUAUUUAUAAAGAAGGCUUAGAGCUUUCCAAAGUUCAGAAGGAGGUGCAGAAUCUUGAUGUUUUACCAUGUUUGAAAAUGGAAGAGAUCGUAGCGAACAAAACCGCCCCAUCAUUAAAACAUUCUGUAUCAGAAACCAUACCACUGCAACUUUGUGAGGCGAAUACAAAUGGCGUAACAUAUUUCAAAGGAAUCUUAGGCACCGACAGCUUGGGCGACAGUGAAAGAAAAAUGCUUCCCUUUUUUAAUUAUAUUUUAGAUAAAUUUGACACUAAGUCGUAUAACUACCGUGAUUUUGAUAAGCAUGUCAGCAAAUGCACCUCUGGCCUGAGUGCAAUUACACACAUCACUGAGCAUGUCGGGCAAUCUGGUCAAUAUGAGCAGGGUAUAUUGAUCAACAGUCAUUGUUUGGACCACAAUCUACCUAAAAUGCUUGAUAUAUGGCAGGAGAUAUUUAAAAAACCAAAUUUUAGCAACAGCGAAAGAAUGGCAAUGCUUCUAAAUAAUUACUGUUCUUCGUUGACAAAUGGGAUAGUAAGCAGCGGUCACACUUAUGCUGUACAGGCGGCCAGGUCUUUAAUAUCUUCUGUAGAUGAAUGCAAAGAGAACCUGCUGGGUAUCCAACACGUCACGAUCAUGCAGGAAGUACAAAAAACACAGAAAACUGAAGAUAUACAGUCGGUAAUAGAGAGCAUAUCAGAAAACGUACUUAAAGGGAAUAAUUUGCGAGCAGCAUUCCAUUAUUGCAAUACAAACAACGAUGUCCACGAAUACAUCGAUAAAUUCUGCAAGGACCUGUGUAACGCUAAUGAUAAUCAAGAAGUCAAUCGCAUUAAUUGGACAGACUCUAAAAGUAUGAACAAGGACAACCGCGGUAUACAUAUAGCCAUGAAUAUACCAGUGAAUUUUUGCGCCAAAGUCAUACCGACUGUUGCGUACACCCAUCCGGAUUACGCGAAGCUACGCGUGCUGUCAGUGUUCUUAUCGUCGAAAUACUUGCACCCGAUCGUGCGAGAGCAGAACGGUGCUUACGGUGGCCGCGCCAUGCUGUCCUUUGACGGAAUCUUCAGUUACUAUUCAUACAGAGACCCAAAUUCUAAAGUCACUUUGGACGUGUUCGACGAAACCGCCAAUUGGUUGACAAAAAAUGCGAAUUUGAUUGACGAACAAAACCUCUUCGAGUCCAAGCUAACUAUAAUGCAGCAAAUGGACCAACCGAUCGCGGAAUACAUGAAAGGAGUCGAUCUGUUCCUGUACGGGCUGUCUUAUGACCUUUGGAAGACGCAAAGGGAAAGAGUUUUGGCCGUGAAAAGCGAGGACUUGGUGGAAGUAUGCUUGAAAUAUCUGACGAACGAUAAAUGGGCCGCUAAAUGUGUAAUCGGAGAUGGUGGUGCACAGGAUUUGAAGAAAGGGGAUGAGGUGUGGCAGAAAGUCAGCGGGCCCCAACAGUAGGCACAUUCAUUCCAGCUACUCUUGUUAGUGAAAACGCAUUACGGUUGUUACGAGGCGGUGGUUUGAGAUAUGAAGAAGACUUGGGUACGGCCGGAAAAUGUGAAAAAUACGAGUUGUUUAAUUAACGGAAAUUAGUUGUUGUCAGCACGGCAGAUAAUUAGUUUUCAUUCUAAUUUGAAAUCGUGUACCAAUGUCACUUGUCUGCCCCAGGCAAGGAAUAAUUGAGCUGUGAGGCUUAGUGCCGAUAUUGCCUACAUAACCCGAAAUUCGGUAUAGUUUUUCAUAAAUAUGGCUAAUCGUAGAGGCAACUCCGCCAUCACCGUUGUCUAGUUUCAUUUCUUAAUAAAUUUUAGAAAUAUUUUUUUUGGUCACUUGAAUGAUCAUGCAUAACGUCACGCCUAAAGGACUAUAAAAUGUAUUGUGCGAUACAAAUAAAUGAAUGUUAAG